AGAAGAGGAAGAAGAAGAAGAGACCCGGAGCAGGAAGUGUGUGUUCAUCCGCAGGUCCCAUGUGUUGCUGUCUCUCUGUUCACUCGUUCAUUCAUUCUGGGAACAACAACUUUAGCUUUCUUUAGCCAACGUAAGCUGACUUGUUAGCUAUCUUUCCCAGACAAGCCAUAGACAACGGUAGUAUCUCUGCAAGCAACCAGUAACAGCUACAGAUAGCUAGAUAACCUAGAACUCGCGCUAAAGUUGUCUGUAAAAUCACAGCCGUACUAAAUCUUAAUGAAAAGUGCGGUGGAUACCAGCAUGAUCAAGGAGAACCGGUGGAACAUCCCUCCUAAUGCACCAGCCUGCAUGGAGAAGCACCUGAGCGCAGCGCAGUACAGAGCAGAUGGGACUCUGCUGCUCGGUGCCUCCAGCCUCAGUGGCAGGAGCUGGCAGGGAUCUGUUUGGAUCUACAGUGACCCUGAGCAGGCCCCCAAUGAGGAACUCUGCAAAGCUGGUGUGCAGACUGAGACUGGAGUCACAGAUGUCAAAUGGGUAUCAGAAAAGGGUGUUGUCGUUGCAGCAGACUCAGGUGCCUUGGAGCUCUGGGAACUGGCAGAGGAUGAACGCCUGCUGGUGAAUCGCUUCACCAAACAUGAGCACGACCACAUUGUCACCACAGUGAGCCCAGUUACUGGAGCAAACAGCGCUGUCACAGGCAGCAUGGACUGCCGAAUUAAAGUCUGGGAUCUCGGUCAGGAGACGGCUAUCACUACCUACAAUGCGCACACGAAGCCAGUCACUUGUGUUGCCUGCAGUCCUACAGACGAGUCUCUCUUCAUCUCCUGCGGUCAGGAUGGCCGUGUGCUGAUGUGGGACAGGAGGAAGCCAAACAAACCAGCCUCAAGAAUAGAUGUAGAGUCCCCCAUGUGCUCCCCCACCACUGUAGCCUGGCACCCCCACCACAGAAGCACCAUUGCUUUUGGUGAUGAGAUGGGCAGAGUGACAGUGAAGGAUUUCCUGGGAACAGAGCCGGCCCGGAUGGAGAGCCUCCACAGCCGCAGAGUUAAUGCGCUUGCCUUCUCUACACAUAGUGCCUCCUUGCUAGCCUCCGUGAGUGAUGAUUGUUCCCUCGCUGUUAUGAACUCUGAACUGCAAGAAAUACUUAGAGAUCGGCGACACCAGGACUUUGCCAGAGGCGUGUGCUGGCUCCACGGUGGCUCCAACACUCUCACGACCGUAGGCUGGGAUCACCUGGUGCUUCACCACACGGUGGAUCCGGCUGCUGAAGCUCUAAACUCCUCCUCUUAGACCCAAUAGAUGCUCGCACACCUCGGAAAGACCACAUUUUAAGAUGACUACUUUCCCCCCUAUUUUUUAGGGGCGUCCAUGUGUAUCUAAAAAGUUAAAUCUAGGAAAUAUGGAUCAAAUUGUUUCAUUGUCAUUUAGUACUCCAGAUGUGCGCAGAAUAUUUGGACUUUUGCUCUUCCAGUCUUGGCCUCGGUGCAUUACUACGGUCUCUCUCUAUCUACGUCCUUCGUACUGUAUAGCACUUCCAUGUCUAAUUACACUUGAGGCAACACAUUUAUAUUGCAUAAUUUUACAUUAAAGGUAACUUAAUGUUGUGAUGGCAACA